GAGAAGAAGUAGAAAGGUGUAACUGAGGUUCGGGGUAUUGAAAUCAACGGUUGGAAGGAGGCGUGGCACCAGUAGACAUUGACAACCGUCGAUAAGAACACAAACUUGCCACCACGAAAAUAAACAAAGCAAGCCCUUCACACUUUCAUUUUCGCUUCCUCACCUCUCUCUCUCUCCCAAAAUUACAGACUCUCUCUCUUUCUCUGUGUCCGUCUCUGCAACGAUGAGCAAGGGACCUGGACUUUUCUCCGACAUCGGCAAAAAAGCCAAAGAUCUUCUAACGAAGGACUACAACUCCGAUCAGAAGUUCACCGUCUCCACCUACAGCGAUGCCGGUGUGGCCCUCACGUCAACAGCGGUGAAGAAAGGAGGACUUUCCACUGGGGACAUCGUGACACAAUACAAGUACAAGAACACUGUGGUUGAUGUCAAAGUUGACACAGAAUCAAAUAUCGCGACAACCUUCACGAUCAAUGAGAUUGUCCCAUCAACAAAGACUAUUGCUUCAUUCAAAGUACCCGAUUAUAACUCUGGCAAGUUGGAGGUUCAGUACUUCCAUGACCAUGCAACCUUCACUACAGCCGUUGCCUUGAAUCAAUCGCCAGCCAUUGAUUUUUCAGCCACAAUUGGUACCCCAACCAUUGCAUUUGGUGCAGAAGGGGGUUAUGACACCACUUCUGGAAACUUUACAAAGUACACUGCUGGAAUUAGCGUGAACAAACCAGACCAGUCUGCUUCAAUAAUUCUGUAAGUGUUUGUACCAUAACCAU